UUUAAAACCAAGUAUUCUCUCUCUCUCUCUGUGUUUGUAGGCUUAGUGAAAGCUGCAAGCAGAGAGAGACAAGCGAGGAACGCUCCCUCUCAUUUUCCGUCUCUCCCAGCCCCUCAACCUGACAGCGAAGUCUUACUGAGGAGACAAGAGAGAGAGAGAGAGAUGGUGGAAAUGAUGAACAAGAUGGAAACUUCACGCUGGUGGUGGUUUGAUAGCCAUCACAACGGUUCCAAGCGCUCUCCAUGGCUUCAAUCCACUCUUUCUGAGCUGGACAAGAAGACAAAGGCAAUGUUAAAAUUGAUCGAGGAAGAUGCAGAUUCCUUUGCCCAACGUGCAGAAAUGUAUUACAAAAAACGGCCAGAACUGAUUAGCUUGGUUGAAGAUUUCUACCGAGCCCAUCGUUCACUGGCUGAGCGGUAUGAUCAAGUUAAAUCAGACCCUGGAACUCGGCUCGUAACAACAUUGGGAUCCCCAUUUUCGUCCAUGAAGUUCUGCGCAGAGAAGACAACAAAUGUGAUGGAUAAAAUCUAUGAUAGCUUCUCUGAGACUACUUUUGAUACUGAAGACUAUGCUGAAUCAGAAGUUGAUGACCCUGAACAUGAAGAUGAAACUGAGGAAGAAGUUGCAGAUCCUGAGCUGGAAAGCAAAUACGAAACCAAUACAGUAACGAAAGGAGGAGAUGUUGAAAAAGAGGAUGGAACCCUACUUGAACAAGAAGAAAGAGAAGUUUCAAGCGAGGUCUGUGAUGAUGAAGUGAUGAAGUUAAGGGAAGAAAUAGAGAAACUUGAAACAGAGAACAAGGUUCAGAAGGCUCAAUUGAUGCAGAAAGAUGAAGAGAAGAGAGAGGUGAUUAGACAACUCAGUUUGGCUGUCCAAAUGCUCAAGGAUGAGAAUAUGGAGCUCAGGAAGAGGAUUGUUAAAGAAUCACCCAGGAAAUGGAGCCCCCUCGAAUUCAGCAAAUUAAAAGGAGGACUUUUUGGGAUGUUUUUCAAUGGAUCUCCAAAGUCUCAUCCCAGUGUUGUUGCUCUCUAGUUUUAGUUAGGUUGCAUUAAAGCAAGUAGCAUAUAUCCUGUAGAAACAUAGCAGUUGACAAAAGAAGUAGUGUUGUACAUUGGAGGGGAAAGGUGGGGGAAUCAUCCCCUUUGAACUCAACUUAGUUAAUAUGUGUUACCUUCUGAAAUAGUUAUCUGUUUAUGCUACUCGAUUGUUUGAUUUUUAUUAUUCUUCACUUUUUUUAAGCAUUUGUUCUUAUGUAGCCUUUGUGCUUCUUAUAUAAGCAUUUUUGUAACAAAACAGA